AUGCACGCGCACGCGGCUGUCCGCUCCGUCCCGACGCAGUUCGCGACCGCGCGACGCGUCACUGACGCCACCAAGAAGAGAGGCGUCGAACGAUCCGUCGUUCCCCUCCGCCGCGCGAACGUCCUCGUCCCGAAAGCCUCCGCCGACGACGCCAAACCCCCCGCCGUGAAUUACAAGUCCGACGAGUUUACCAUCCCGGAUGCGCCCAUCAAGGAUCUCGUCCCGACGGGCGCGUGGAAGGUCAUCGACGGCGGCGUCUGCGCCCCCAAGGGGUUCAAGGCGGCCGCGUUCAAGGCGAAGCUGCGCAAGAGCGGUAAGAAUCAGGCGGACUGCUGCCUCAUCGUCGCCGACAAACCCGCCGUCGUCGGAGGCGUCUUCACCAAGAACAGAGUCGCCGCGGCUCCCGUGCAGUACUGCCGCGAAGUCCUCGCCAAGCCCGAUAAGCGCACCGUCCGCGCGGUCCUCGCCAACGCCGGUCAGGCGAACGCCGCGACCGGCGUGCUCGGCAUGGAGGACGCGGUCCGCUCCGCCGCCACCGUCGCGGAGGCUCUCGGAUGCGACGCCGACGACGUGUUGCUACAAUCCACCGGAGUCAUCGGCAAGCGCAUCAAGAUGGACGAGCUCAUGGGCGCGGUGCCCGCGCUCGCGGGCAACCUCAAGUCCACCAAGGAGGCCGCGUACGCCGCGGCGACCGCCAUCUGCACCACGGACCUGGUUCGUAAGACGCUCGCGGUGGAGGUUGACCUCGGCGGCGGCGGCUUACUCGGCGGGAAGAAGGUGCGCAUCGGGGGCAUGGGCAAGGGCAGCGGCAUGAUCCACCCGAACAUGGCCACCAUGUUGGGAGUCGUCACGUGCGACGCCGUCGUCGAGCCCGAGUGUUGGAGCGUCAUGGUCAAGCGCGCGGCGCAGAACUCGUUCAACCAGAUCUCCGUCGACGGCGACACGAGCACCAACGACUGCGUCAUCGGUCUCGCGUCUGGCGCGGCGGGUGGGGACGCCAUCGUCGCCGGGUCUCCGGAGGCUGAGAAACUGGAGGCGGCGCUGACGGCGGUGUGCGUCGGAAUCGCCAAGUCCAUCGCGUGGGACGGCGAGGGCGCCACCUGCCUCAUCGAGUGCAACGUCCGAGGUGCGCAAUCCCUCGAGGAUGCCCGCGUCGUCGCGAGGUCCGUGGUGUCGUCGUCGCUGGCCAAGUCGGCCAUCUUCGGGCACGAUCCCAACUGGGGCCGACUCGCGUGCGCCGCGGGGUACUCUGGCGUGCACUUCGAGCAGGAGGACCUUCGGAUCCAGCUCGGCCCGCACCUCCUCAUGGAGAACGGUCAGCCGCUCGAUUACGACGCCAAGGAGGCGUCCGCGUACCUGCGAGACACCACGGCUGUGCACGGCACCGUGAUAGUCGACGUCGCCGUCGGGAACGGGGCUUUCGAAGGGAGCGCGUGGGGGUGCGACCUGACGUACGACUACGUCAAGAUCAACGCCGAGUACACCACGUGA